AUGGCGAAGAUUAUCAGCCCAUGCGAUUUAGAGUGCGCUGCCGAAGCGCUGGCGCGAGGAAACUUAGUGGCACUUCCCACAGAAACUGUAUAUGGGCUGGGAGGUAAUGCUCUCAAUGAGGAUGCGGUGAAGAAAAUCUUUGCUGUGAAAGGUCGCCCAUCCACCGACCCGCUGAUUUGUCAUGUGACUGAUGUUGAAAAAGCAGUGGCGCUGUGGGAUGUGAAAGCAGACCCCGCAGCUCUCGAACUGGCAAAAUGUCUGGGGUCAGCAAUUUGGCCAGGGCCACUAACGAUUGUGUUUAAGGCAAAUCCAUCAUUGCCAAACGCGGUGACUGGCGGCUCUGGCUUCGUGGGCGCGCGAAUACCACGCCACCCAGUUGCCUUGCAGUUGCUGGAGCUUGUGGGUUUCCCUGUGGCGGCUCCUAGUGCCAAUACUUUCGGUCACGUUAGCCCAACCAUGGCUGAGCAUGUUCUCAAGGAUCUGGGGCCAAAGGAUCCUUCACUGCUUAUUAUCGACGGUGGGCACUGCGACAUUGGUAUUGAAUCCACUGUGGUGAAAGUGAACAGUGUUGAGAGUGUUGAAAUAUUGCGUCGUGGUGAGGUCUCACUUACUGACGUACAACGUGCCAUUGGGGACAAGUUUGCCGCACAUAUCACGAUUAGGGAUACACGUGCUCGCCACCUUACCCCUGAUGUGGCGAUGGAUGGGCCCGGACAACUGCUUACGCACUACUCGCCCAGUGUCCCGUCGAGGCUGCUGACACCUAGCAGUCUCACCGCUGAUAUGUCGAUAGAUCUGCGUAAUGUGGUGGUCGAGCUCUCGACAGGGUCGAAAGGAGUUCCACUGAGUCACACUGUAGUGAUUGACUUUGGGGGUCACCUGCAAGCCCUCAGGCCAGGCUGCCUGGCGUAUCGUGAUCUCAGCGCUAAAGCCGAGGUGCGAGAGGCCUGCUUCGCCGUAUUUGAAGCUCUGCGGUGGAGUGAAACGAUCCCAUCCGCGGAGGUGGUGCUUUUCCCGUUAAUAUCGGAGUGGCCACAUGCUAUCGCUGACACGGAGCUCCUCGCGGCAGUGGAGGAUCGUUUAUUCCGUGCCGCCUCCGGUCGAAUCGUCUGCAUUCGCCUUUGA